AAACGAAAUGUAACUGCCGGCUUGUCGGCCGCUGGUAAUCAACGACGUCAGCUCCAUGUUGUCGCUGUUGAGCUCUUCCGCGGCUGUGCUUUGUGGGCUUUUUAGCCAUUGCCACGGAUUCCAGCCAGAGACAGCAAAAGGUUCGGGUUCACCUUCAAAUCUUUUCUCUGUCUCAGGCCAAAAUUCUGGAUUUCUGUGGACUGCCGACGUGUUGAUAAGAGCUAGCGUGCGUGGUGGGAUCAUGGCUUGCAUGGUGCCGCCGCCGGGUGUAUCUACAAGAAGGGGUGUUGGAGUGCUUCCUGUGGUUUUGGGUUUCCAAGGAAGAACGCCAAAGCAUCGCAGUGUCUCGGCGACUACAGCCCCGACGUGGGAAUUCAAGAAGUCGGGAAAAUCGCGCGAAUGAGCCCAAGCUGAAGGAUCACGAUCGAGCGUUAGCUUAUGGAUUGAAUCUUGAAGCGUGCGCUGGAUUGAUGGAUAUAUGGCGAGCAGCACGAGAAUGAAAUGAAGCGUGUUUGCACUGGUGUGAAAGCCUCCGAGCACAAAAACCCAGAUGUUUCCCAAGACUGCUUCAUGCUCGAGAGGGUCCUUCGCGUUUACAGACGCAGAGUAGAGAGAGUCUAUCAUCCUGGUUCGGCGACGCCGGCAUAGCUCCGUCGUUGCGUUCCAUUCGCUUCUCCUGGAUCAUAUCUUCCAUAUAUGCCACCCACUCCACGUUGCUUU